AUGCAUUACAGUAAGUCUCCGCCAUACUCAUUGAGGCAGAAGAGGAGUGCGGGCAUUGACUUCUGCGCCAAUAGUUCGUUUUCUGAAGACUCCGAAAGUCUACGUCGACCGCGCUACCGUCACGCUCAAAGCCGUCCUCACUAUUACGACCGAUCUUGGCGAGACAUUCUAUCCCAGCGACCUCGAUUUGGUGGUGUCUCUUUGUGCUCCAGAGGAAGAUGGCGAGAUAUAUCUGCGCAAGAAAGUAGCAUGGCAAGGCGGAUCACGCUCGGUAAAUGUGUCUCUCGAUCUGUCCCGUCAAGAUGUGGACUGGCCGGCAUGUGUACAUGUUUCGGUUAA